UUUUCCCCUCCUAUCUCUGUUCUUGCUUACCAAGCCACUGCCAUGGCUACCCCUUCACCUGCUUAUGCGAAAACAGUGGGGGAAAUCACCAAAAUAUACAAGUCGCUGCCACCCAGGCCCUCCAUUGAAGAGGUGGAAGCGGCCAUUUCCGUGGUGAAAUCGGUGGACGCAGAAGAGGAGAUGAGACUCGCGGAGAUAUCGAAGCAAGUGGCACCACCAGACACCCCGCCGGAGCUUUUCACGGUGCUGCAAGAGCUGAGGAAGGCGAUGGUGGUAUUCCAGUGCCAGGAGCAGAGGAGAGAGGCGGUGUUGUUGAUCGAGGUGGACAAGAGAUUUCGGGGGUUUGAUCAGCUUAUUCGGAGUGCUUCUGAGUGGGUUUCUGGGGUUGACCCGGUGGAGAUAGGGGGUGAUGAUUUUUGUGGUGGAAUUGAAAUUGAUGAGAGUGUAAUAUCAGAAAAUGGUUUGAUCAGAAGUUCUUCCUCAAACGCUCUUGCCCUUUCAUCUUCAGGAGAUCGAGACAAGAAAUUUAGUCUGAUGAAAGUGGCUGAGAUAAUUGAAAACUUUGCCAAAACAGAACAGGAUGUUCUUGAUCUUCAAGGCAAAUUGAUGGAUAAGGUAGAGUGGCUUCCUUCGUCACUUGGAAAGUUAUGCAGUGUUGUUGACCUAAACUUGUCCGAUAAUCGAAUUAUGGCACUACCAUCCACCAUCAAUGGCCUCGUUACCUUAACAAAGCUCGAUAUCCACUCCAACCAGCUGAUCAACCUCCCGGAUUGCAUCGGGGAGCUGAUCAAUUUAACUGAUCUUGACCUCCACGCGAAUUGGAUGAAAUCCCUGCCAGCUUCUUUUGGAAACUUGGCAAAUCUGAUCAAUCUCGAUUUGAGUUCAAACCAGUUCACCACUUUGCCAGAUGUCUUUGGGAACCUAGUCCACUUGCAGCAGCUAAACUUGGAAACAAACGAGCUAGAAGAAGUGCCUCACUCGAUUGGAUCGUGCAUUUCCCUCGCAGAGCUGAGACUGGAUUUCAACCGGCUCAACGCUCUCCCAGAGGCAGUGGGAGAGUUCAAGUGCUUGGAGAUUCUUACAUUGCGGUACAACAAAGUCAGUGUUUUACCGACUACAAUGGGCAAUCUUUCGAGCCUAAGGGAACUUGAUGUCUGCUUCAACGAAAUCCAUAGCAUCCCCGAAGCCCUUUGCUCUGCUGUCUGUUUGGAGAAACUUAAUGUGGCAAGCAAUUUCUCGGACUUGACAGCCUUACCAGAAUCGAUAGGGAAGCUUGAAAAUCUCGAGGAACUAGAUAUCACCAACGAUCAGAUCAAAACACUGCCCGACUCCUUCAGAUUCUUGUCAAAGUUAAGAAUUUUUCGAGCUGAUGAGACUCCUUUGGAAGAGCCACCUAUGGAAGUUACAAAACUAGGAGCCAAGGCUGUUGUUGAAUACAUGGCUGAUUAUGUUGCUAAGAGGGAUAUGAAAGCGGAGGAGCAAAAGAAAAAGAAUGGGUUUUGGCCUCGUAUCUGCCCAUUAUUUUCGUGUUUUAGAGGUGAUUAAAUUCAUUGGCGCUGUUUAGCAAUGUGAUGGCCGGCUUGUAAUAUAUCAUAUAUUAUAUGUCAAUAAUAAUAUUUUUACCCAGUUUUUCCUGUAUAAGUUCAGUUGUUAUACAGGAUGUGUAAACUUGUAAUUAAUUGAAUUAUGUAUAGUGUGAUAUGAUUGGUACCCAUUAUAUUGCUCAUCUGCUA